CGUUCGUAUCAGCAUCUUUACCUCACCCCUCCUUCUACUCGUCGGCCUCGUCGUGAUUUCUACUUCUUGUCGCGGUAUACUCUUUGAAUAAACACAAAACAGGCAAAAGAAAUGCAAGCCAGGGCCCAGUUUCUCAGAGAGUACAAGCUUGUGGUCGUUGGUGGAGGAGGUGUCGGCAAGUCCGCUCUCACCAUUCAGUUCAUUCAGAGCCAUUUCGUGGACGAAUACGACCCGACCAUCGAAGACUCGUAUAGGAAGCAAUGUGUGAUUGACGACGAAGUUGCAUUACUCGACGUGCUGGACACGGCUGGCCAAGAAGAAUAUGGUGCUAUGCGUGAGCAGUACAUGCGUACAGGCGAAGGCUUCCUUCUCGUCUACUCUAUUACUUCGCGCAGCUCUUUUGAAGAAAUCAGCACGUUCCAUCAGCAAAUUCUCCGUGUUAAGGACAAAGACUACUUCCCUGUCAUUGUCGUUGCGAACAAGUGUGAUCUGGAAUACGAGCGCCAAGUUGGAAUGAACGAGGGCCGUGACCUUGCGAAACACUUCAAUUGCAAGUUCAUUGAAACAUCCGCUAAACAGCGGAUCAACGUCGACGAAGCGUUUUCAAACCUUGUCCGCGAAAUCAGGCGAUACAACAAAGAGCAACAGACUGGUCGUCCCUCGGCUCCAUCUCAGCCGGGUGUUUACAAUGCCCAGAAUCCUCAAGAUGACAACGCUACGUCUUGCGGAUGCUGUGUUGUUGUCUGAAGCUCCACUGCUUUUUCGUAUACCAGUUUGGAAGAGAUGCGAACAGAAUUUUUUCGUAAAAAAUUUCACCUCGCUCUUCUGCCGUCAUAAGCCUUUUCGGCUACAUGCUUCUAGGCUAUUUUGUCUUGUCCUCCUCUUCCAUUACCUGUACUUAUCGGUCUUCCCUUCCCGCUAACCUACGCUCCAUGUCCACCUCUCCUUUCACUACAUUGUCUUCCUUUAUGAUGCCUAUGAACACAACAAAGUAUGCGAGGUGCCGUCUUUCUUUUCAGCCGUGAUAAAGUUCUCUUGUGCUAUUACCUUUCCGGAGGUCUGUAUGAUUACAUUGUGCUAUGUUUAUAGCUUUGAAUUGAAAAUUGAAGGAACUCUUUUUUUGAGUGAAAUAUUAUUUUGGAAGUCAAAUUCCUAAAUAAGAAUAGAAGUGCUAUUCCAUCCGGGACCGUUGCCAAGACACCUCUUCAGGUUCCUCCUCCUCGGGAGUAACUUCAUCACGACGUUGGUCAGCGAUAGGUGCGGUGUGGACAUCUUCCUGAUUGACGGCUUUGAUAGAGUCGAGUCCCAGUUCGAAUGGUCCUUCGACACCAGCAUUCCCACCUAGGAUGGAUAUCCCAAGCCAUCGGAUUCUUUCCUCUUCCAGCGUUACUGACGAUGCACGCCCAGUAGCUAGCUCACCAUAGCUGGUGAGUGCGAAUGCAGAGAAGGGAAUAAAGAUGUCCUCCCACGACCCGUCAUCUUUACGGAAAUAUAGGCGGUGUUGCCAGAGCUCACCCGAGACCGGCGAGUCUGUCUGGAGGUUGACAAAGUAUGCGUUACGUGUGCGUGGAUGACCACCGGCACGAACACGCAGAGCGAGGAACUCAUGAUUCGAGAUGUCAUCUGUUAACUCGCCAAAUAGAGUUGGACGAGAUUUACUGCGAAAGCCGGCAUAGCCGCCCCUAAUUUUCCCUCGCAUGUCGCUGCGCACGCCUAGACGCAUUUCUCCCCAAAAUCGUGUAGUUCCCUUCCCGUUUGGUUCAUUCGAGCUCGGCACAAAGUCGAGGUGAGCUGAAGAUGUCCCACCGAUGUCGGAGUCGACCCCGAGAGAAUAAUUUUGGAGGUCUUCCUUGUUAUUGAAGGAAAGCAGUUGCAUGGGAGCCCGACUCGGCUGGUUCAGACCAUCCAUGCGCAAAGCGCGGGAUGUGUUGUCACGUAAAAUCUGUGUUGACCUAUUUACUCUGGU